AAGUCAGCAGUAUAUCUGGCUUUCAAGCCGAACAAGGGGUCUGGGGGUAAUUCUUUGAUACCAGGAAAGAACGAGGCCAUUUUGACGGGGUAUGGGAUGGAAAUAAUGUGCGAUGAACGAACCGUACAGAAAGGUUUUUAUAUAAGGGUUCCGGAAGUGCAUGCCGAGGGAGCGCCGGUGUGCACACGCAGACAAUGGGUCUGGGGAGUGCCCCACCCCCAACCCCGAAAGGGUCACAGGAAGGUAUUUCCGGCCAGAAAACGCACCCGUCUCGGGUGUCAGGAGAUCAUGGCGGCUGCAGUUGUGCCGAUGCACCACCUUCCUCUUGUGCGAGAGGGGAACACAUGUGAAGGCCAACAACACGUGAUCUGGGAGUUGAAAACUGUGAGGCACUGGUGGUGGGGAACGGAGAAAGUCGGGCUAGCCUGGGUAGGAGGCCACUCUUGGCCGGUCCCGAUUGAGCCUGCCGCCCAGGCCGACUGGAGCAACCGCGAGUAGGCUGGAAAUAGGCAGGUGGGAAAUAGGCAAGCCAUCGUCUGGGGCUAGGCAACCCGCACAUUGGUUCUGGGGCAACCAACCUGCGAAGUGGCCAUCCCCAUUUUCGGCUGGGCCAUCCCGCACUUUAGCUUUGGCUUCUACAUCCCGCACUUACGACCC